UUUGUUGGAUGGGGAAGAUAGUGUUUUGCAUAGAGAGUAGUAUUUAUAGUAUCCCCUGCAGCCCUGUUUCCCAUUAGGUUCUAGGAACCUCAGGAACUCUGCUUGUUUAUAACAUCCUAGCAAAGAAGAUGGUAGUCUCUAGCACUGAUGAUUAUCAGGCCACAGUUCCGAAAAGUUACGACAGAAUGAGUGAGUUAAAAGCAUUUGAUGAUACAAAGGCUGGUGUCAAAGGGCUUGUUGAUGCUGGAAUCACUAAAGUACCUCAGAUAUUCAUUCUACCACCAAAAAACAGGCCGGAGUCCUCGGAAACAUGUGAAACACAGUUCAUUUUUCCAGUGAUAGACCUUGAAUGCAUUGACAAGGACCCAAUCAAGCAUAAAGAGAUUGUGGACAAAGUUCGAGAUGCAUCGGAGACAUGGGGUUUCUUCCAAGUGGUUAAUCAUGGCAUUCCAACAUCUGUCCUGGAAGAAAUGUUGCAAGGAAUACGACGGUUUUUUGAGCAAGAUAUCAAGGUUAAGAAACAGUAUUACACUCGAGAUACUACGAAAAAGGUGAUUCAUGAUAGCAAUUUUGAUUUGUUUAGCCCUUCUGUUCCAGCUGCAAACUGGAGAGACUCACUUUGCUGUUUCAUGGCUCCUAAUCCUCCCAGUCCAGAAGAAUUGCCAACAACAUGCAGGGAAAUACUAAUGGAGUACUCUAAGGUUGUGAUGAAAAUGGGCUGCUUCUUGCUUGAAUUAUUGUCUGAAGGUCUUGGUCUUGAUCGUUGCCAUCUCAAAGAUAUGGAUUGUGCUGAAGGGCUUGGUGUUUUGGGCCAUUACUAUCCAGCAUGCCCUCAGCCGGAACUCACCAUAGGCACCAACAAACAUUCUGACGGUGAUUUUAUCACAGUGCUUCUACAAGAUCAUAUCGGAGGACUCCAAGUGCGUCACCAGGAUCAGUGGGUUGAUGUUCCUCCUACACAUGGUGCACUUGUGGUGAACAUUGGAGAUCUUCUGCAGCUUAUAUCAAAUGACAAGUACAUAAGUGUUCAGCACAGAGCAUUGGCAAAUAAAGUUGGACCAAGAAUAUCAGUUGCAUCCUUCUUCGGUAUAGGUCCAUUACCAUCUUCCAAACUGUAUGGACCAAUUACUGAAUUGUUAUCAGAAUAUAAUCCUCCAAAAUAUCGUGCCACCACAGUGAAAGACUACAAUGAAUACUUCCGUAAAAAGGGUCUAGAUGGAACAUCUGCAUUGUUGCAUUACAAGAUCUAAUAGUUAAGUUUAUAAUGAGAACUGAGAAUUAACUUUUGAUGUAUCUUAUGCUGAAGCUUCAUAAGAUGUUGAGACAUGAACUGUUAUGAUAUUUGCAAGAUCUUCCUUGUGACU